CCUCCCUCGGUUCCUGUCCCUUAGAGCUCUCAACUUGCUUCUUUCUCCUAUUCUAUUGUCUCUCCCGAUUCAUGGUCCACCUUUCUCUCGCUCUCCCUCUCCCUAAAGACUCAGGCUGCUGAUCAGCCUCCCUCCCUCCGCCAUGUGGAACGACGAGGAUAACAACCCGUACGGCGCAUUCGAUAACGAGGCGCAUCUCUCCGAGUCCCUGCAUUCGGCCACCCUCUCUCCCACGCUUUACGAUCGCGAAUAUACCCCUCCCUCUCCCUCCAGCCGAUCAUCCACGGACAACCCACCGGACUUUCUCUCACAACAACAGGAUCUCAGCGACGAAGACGAUGCCCCAGGCUACGUUGCUCAACAAUCUGGCCAUGGCUACCUUCGCAAGAGUGCCUACGAUAGUCGGAUAGAGCAGAUUCUGUACGAGAAUCCGGAGAUGCCGAUCCUCAUCACAGACGCCGGGAAGAACCACGAAGGCGGCGGCAGCUUCAUCGUGUACACAAUACGCACGGGAGAUCUCGAGGUCCGCAGACGGUAUUCCGAGUUCGCGUCGUUGCGACAAACCCUGGUGAAUCUCCACCCAACCCUCGUUGUGCCGCCCAUUCCCGAGAAGCAUACGAUGGCCGAUUAUGCCGCCAAGCCCACCAAAGCCAAGGAAGAUACCGCCAUAAUUGAUCUCCGCAAGCGAAUGCUGGCCGUGUUCCUGAACCGUUGUCGCCGGAUGAAGGAGGUGCGCGAGGAUGGGGUCUGGUGGAGGUUUUUGGACCCCAACGUCAGCUGGAGCGAAGUCCUCCAUUCACACCCCGCGUCGUCGGUGCCCAAGAACAACUUGAAAGCUCCACCUCUAGACCCCGCCAAUCCCACCCCCGCUCAUUCCUGGUUACCAGUGCCUUCGGCCUCUGCUAAACUCAAGUCGGCGGGUGCGGGGGGUACUGCGCCCACUGCUGCUGCCACUGAGACACCCCCCGCGCCGGACUUGCUAACCCGCUUCCCCCCGGAGUCGCGAAAAUUGAGUGAGAAGGAAUUGGACCCAUACUUCAUCAAUUUCGAGGCGUCUACGCGUGAGCUUGAGCUGCUGCUCCAGGGAAACAUCGAGAAGGUCAACCGUCGCACAUUGGCCCAUCUAUCAUCCCUAUCUGCCGACCUCAUGGAGCUCGGAGCACGGUAUAACGGGUUUUCUCUGUCAGAGCCGUCUCCAACCGUGGCGGCAGCCAUUGAACGAGUCGGACAAGCGGCCGAUACUUCCUACAUCGAGACGGAGGAGUUGUCUGCUUCGCUGAGCGCCAGUUUUGCAGAGCCUAUGCGAGAAAGCGCACAAUUUGCCAGCGUUGUGCGCAGUGUACUCCGGUAUCGGGUUCUCAAACGGGUGCAGGAGGAGAUGACGCGCGAUGAACUAGCCAAGAAGAAGACGCUGCUCGACUCGCUGGAGCGCAGUGAGAUGGAAGCAAAACGCAUUGAGCAGUACCUCAACCGUACAUCGCCGCCGGGGCCACCCACAAGAACCCAGCGAUCCCUGUCAACUUCAUCGGCCGUGAGCGCUCCCGGAGGGUCCGAGGGCGAAGCCCGUCCAGCUGGCUCUGAGGACAGUGCAUCUGUAGACUCGGACUUUCCUCCCACACACGGCGAAUCCAUCAACUCGCACCCGCCGCAACAAAAUCCCGCACUGCGACGCCCCGAUUUUGGGCCCUCGUCCCCGGCACAUCGCAAGACGUCAAGUGGGACCUUCGUGGCCAACAAGAUCUUCGGUCGGAUCAGCCACGCUGUCCAUGGCUUUGUGGAUGUUGAUCCAGAACGGACACGACGCGACCAGAUUGGGAAGACGAAAGAGAGUUUGGUGCAGUUGGAGCAAGCCCUUGGGGUGUCCGAGAAGGACGUCAAGGAUGCCAGCGCAGGUGUUUUACAAGAUCUCAAGCGAUUCCAGAAAGACAAGGAGAUGGAUCUCCGGCGGUAUAUGGUUGCCUACGCGCGGUGCCACCUGGACUGGGCGCGCAAGAACCUGGAAACAUGGACGGAGGCCAAGGACGAGGUGGACAAGAUCGUAGUUCGGUAGUUAAGGAUAUUUUUAAGUGAUAUUGGAGCGCUGGGCGUUGGUUUUAACUGUUUACUGGCAUGAUCAGCGGCCGAUGGAUUCGGACUGGCAAUCCAGUAUGACCUCGGCCAUGUAGAUCUGAACGUGCUGGUGUAUAUCGGCCGUCGUCGAUCGAGUACCCUUGUAUGCUAUUGAUGCGUAUAAUGAUGAUACUUCAGAAUUUUCACGCCAAUUGUCAGACAUCUAUAUAAGUCGACUGAUACAAU